AUGGCUGCUUCUUUAUCUCCUUCAUCUGGUCCACCUUCUGUGUCUCGUACAUUGACACACCAAGUCUUCUUGAGCUUCCAUGGAGUGGACGUCCGCAAAAACCUUCUCACUCACAUUUUGGGGGAGUUUCAAAGAAAGGGUAUCACACCAUUCAUUGAUAAUAAGAUGGAGAGAGGAGUCUCUAUUGGUUCUGAGCUUUUACGCGCUAUAAAACAUGCCAGGAUCACGAUUGUCAUAUUCUCGAGGAACUAUGCUUCUUCGAGUUGGUGUCUAAACGAAUUGGUGGAGGUUAUGAAGUGUAAAGAUGAGUUGGGUCAAAAAGUGAUGACCAUUUUCCAUCAAGUUAAACCAGCUGAUGUGAGGCAUCAUAGAGGAGAUUUUGGCAAGGCCUUUAAAAAAACAUGUGUUGGGAAAUCAGAGGAGGUAAAGCGGCUAUGGAGGAAAGCUUUGAGCGAUGCGGCAAAUAUACACGGGGACGGGGUGGAAUCUGACAAAUGGAAAAGUGAAGCGGAUAUGAUCGCUACCAUUGCCAUAGAUGUGUUGGGUGAGUUGCAAACAACACCCUCGAGGGAUUUUGAUGACUAUGUUGGCCUUCAAGCUCAUAUGACAAGUAUCUAUUCAUUGUUGUGCUUACACACGGAUGAAGUAAGGAUGAUAGGAAUUUGGGGUCCAUCAGGUAUUGGUAAGACUACCAUCUCCAGAGUUUUACUUAACGAACUGUCUCUCCAUCAGUUCAAACUAACUGCACGUAUAGGGGAUAUCAAGAGACGACAUUUGAAUCGACAUGAUGUGUACGAUGCGAAGAUUGAGUUACAGAAGGAGUUUUCCGACAAUUACUUCCCGGUAGGUCAUCCAUCCUGA